CAUUGACGGACAAUUUUAUCAUCAACAGACACAGCAGCUAACAUCCAAGCCAUUUCCUGUUUUAACAUUGAUAAUAAUUAUAAUAGUUUAAUGUCGAUGUCGGUAGAAAAACAACAAUCAUCAUCAUCAUUAUUAUCAUCACCAAAACCACCAUCAUUAUUGAAUAAAAUUGAAACUAAUAUCAAUCAUAAAUUGCAACAACCAUCGUCUGUUUCACCAUCAUCAUCAUCAUCAUCAACCAAAGUUUCAUUACAAUAUUUACAGCAACAACAACAACAACAUAGAUAUCAUUGUCGAUGUAAUGUUUGUUUAUCAUCAUCAUCAUCAUCCCAUUCUACCAGUAAUAUUGUUGACGGUGGUGAUUGUGGUUUAAAUAAUCUUUUAUCACCAUCAACAACAAAAACAUCGAAAAAUCCAAUCGAUAUCAUACGUGAAGAAGACGAAAACGAAAACGAAGAAUCAUUUGAGCACCAUCAACAAGAAGAAGUCGGCGAAGAUUCAAAUGACAAAAUGUUUCUGUCACAAAAAGAACCAAUACGACCGUUAAGAUUUCGACAGAAUCUAAAUAACAAUAAUAAUCAGAAUAAUAAACAAACGGAUCGUAUUGAACCAUUUCAAAAACCAGAUGAUUUAAAAUCAUUUUGGAAAGAACCAACAACAAAACAAACAUCUAAAUCGAUUAACAAUGAAAAAGAAAUCAAUGGCAAUGAUGAUAAUGGUGAUAACGGUGAUGAUGAUGAUGCUAUGACAAAAGUUUUAUUACGACGUGAUAGUCAACAACAACAUGUGUCACAAUCAUCAUCAACAAAUUUCAUUCGAUCAAAUAAUUUACGUAGUUCAUGUCCACCAACAUCCAAUCGUCGUUAUCGUCAUAAAUCAGUGACCAUUGAUGAUAAUAAAAUGAUGAAAAUGUCUAGUCGUUCGAAUCAAAUAUCAUCAUCAUUCGAAUUGAAUGAUUCGAAUGAUCGAAAUAGUUUUGUCGAUACAAUUCAACAUAAAUUCAAUAAUGUUGUACGAAAAAGUUGGCUAUCAUCAUUUUUUCAUUCAUUCAAUUCCAAGGAAAAACAAUCAAAAUGGAAAAAAUCAAAUGAUUUUCAAGCCGAAUUUUUUGAUCGUCAAAAUGAUUUAAUGACUGAAUCAUUAUUAAAUCGUCGUUCACCAUUAGAUUUAAAUCAACGUAAUAAUGAACGAAAAAAUCAACAGAUGUCGCCAAUUUUAACAUCAACAAAAACAAAUAAAACAACUGUUGAGUCAAAGCAACAAUUUUCGAAUCCAAAUUCGAAUUCGAAUCUAAAUAGUGAUAAUUGUAAAAAUCAUCAAAAUAAUUCAAAUUGGAUUGAAAAUUCAAUUCAUGAACCUAAACAACAACAACAACAACCACCAUCAUUAUCAUUUAUACGUCCAAAUCAUUCAUCCGGUUUGAUACGGAAAAAACCACGACCACGUUCAGCAUGUUUAGAUAAUACUUAUAUGCUUAGAAUGCGAAAUGGCAACUUUAUCGAAUAUAAUCUGGAUUCGGAAAGUAAAGAUGAAUCAUGUUCAAUAAUAUCAUCACAUCAACAUUUAGCUACAAGUGGUACUUAUUUAUCAGCUAAUGGUACAGAUUAUUUAUCAUCCUCAUCUCGACUUACAAACAAUGAUAAUGAUAAUGACAAUGUUUUUGAUAAUAAACAUUUAACGAAUGCAGCUAAUAUAAAUGAUAAUCAUAGCCAUAAAAUUGAUUAUAUUAAUAUCCGUUAUUCGGAAAAUUUAUCAUUAUCACCAAAAUCAUCGUCCAAUCAACGCAAUUUUAAUAGUAAUGCUCAACAAAUAACAAUAUUUGAUUCAAAAAAUUAUAAACAACAAUCAAGUCCAAUAUCAAGUCUAAAUACUGAUUCCAUUAAAUCAAAUUCAAUGAUAUCAUCAACGGCAUCAUCAUCAUCACCGUUUCUAACGAAACCAUUAUUUAUGACAACAACGGUUACCCCAACAACAAAUACUACUACAACUUCCUCUUCUUUAUCAUCAUCAAGUGUUUUAAUGAGUUUUAAGCAACAGCAGCAACCACAUCAUCAUCAUCAUCAACAUCAACAACAUUCUUUUUCUACAAAAACAUCAUAUUCAUCAUCAAAUGAUCCUAAUCAAUUAAUUAUGGAAUGUCCGGUUUAUGUAAAAAUUUAUUGGCCAGUUAAAAAUUGUACUGAAAUCGAAAUCUAUCCCGAACAUACUGCAUUCGAUGUGAUCAACUGUAUAUUGACUAGUCAAAUCUAUUCGUCAACGAAUCUUAACUUAUCUACGACGACGACGACUGCACAAUCUUUAGCUAGCCAAUGGUCAUUUGCUCUUCGAUUAAUAUGUCGUAAUCUUAAUCCGAAUGAUCAAAUAUGGAUACAUCCAAGCAAAAAUAUGCUAGAAUUUUUAGAUCAAAAUCAAAUGCAAUUUGAAAAAGGCUAUAAACUAGAACUGCGUAUGCGAUAUAUACCAUCAAAUCUGGAAGAAUUUUAUCGUAACGAUUUUUUAAGUUUUAAAUUUCUUUAUAAUCAAGUAUUGGAAGAAUUUCUUGAAUUAGAAUUAUCCACAACAAAACUACUCACCAAUCAAGAUCUUAUUUUAGAAUUGGGUUGUUAUGAAAUUAUUCGAUCACAUCCGUAUUUAACGCCACAAGCAUUGGAAAAAAAUUCAAAUUGGGAUGUUUUGGAAAAUGAUUUUCAUCGCAUUUUUCCCAUAUCAUUCACAAAUUCCAUCAAGCCAAAACAAUUAAGAAAAUUGGUCAAGUCGAAAUAUAAAAAAAUCUAUCAAUUAAAUCAAGAACAAAUUGCAUUCAAUUUUAUGAGCCAAGUAAUACAUUUAAUUGAUUUUAAUCGUGAAGUUUUUCAUUGUUCACUUGGUGAAUCAAUUUGGUGUGUACCGGUUGAUCUUAUGAUUGGACCUAAUAUUGGCAUUGCAUACUUUACUAGUAAUUCUUCUCCACCGACCUUCAUUGUAAAAUCAUUUGAUUUUGUUGAACAAAUUAACAUCAAAAGUUAUUCAACAAUGAAUAAAAUGACUGAACAUUCAAAUGGUGAUGAUUCUAUCGGUACUGGUUCGAAAAAAAUUCUCCUCAAUUUACGAAUAAAAAAUGAAGAUGAUGUUCUGGUAUUAACAUGUCCAUCAUUUUCGAUUGCUCAAAGUAUUGCCGAUCUGAUCGAUGGUUAUCAUCGAUUAGCAACAAAUAAUCGGGAAUCGAUUUGGCUAAAUAUUCUUUCCGAAACCACAAACAGAAAAUUUCAACAUGUAUAUAGUGAUGAACAAAAUUUCGAAAAAAAUUCACUUCGAUCCAAUUCAUCAGCAAUAAUUGAGCCGAAAAAAGCUCAGUUUGAUCUGAUUAGUCCUUAUCCACAUGAUACUUUCGAAUCUAGAUGUAUUAAAGAUGAAAAAGAUGCACAUGAAUACGAUGAUUAUUCAAAUCCAAUUGAAGCCGGACUUGAAAUCCAACGGGAACAUUUACAAAUCGACGAAUUAUUGGGCAAUGGACAUUUUGGUAAUGUUCAUAAAGGUAUCUACAAAAAACUUGAUGGAAAAAGUGGUGAUGAAAAAAAUAUUGCCGUAGCAAUUAAAAUUUCUCGUGUUCAAAAUAAUGAUAAUUCAGCAUUAUCAAAAAAUGAUAUUCAAAUGAUUGAUCAAAAACUUUUAUGUGAAGCCGAACGAAUGCAUAAACUAGAUCAUCGUAAUAUUAUCAAAUUGAUUGGUGUAUGUUCUACCUCACCUGUUUAUGUUGUUAUGGAAUUGGCUGAAUAUGGAGAAUUGAGAAAUUUUUUACUAAAAAAUGGUUCACAAUUAGAACAUCGACGAUUAUUAGAAUACUCGUAUCAAAUCUCCAGUGCUAUGACAUUUUUAGAAUCGAAACAAUUUGUGCAUCGCGAUAUUGCAGCAAGAAAUGUUCUUGUAUUUUCUUUUGAUUGUGUUAAAUUAGCUGAUUUUGGUCUUUCUCGUUAUAUUGAAGAUGCUUCUUAUUAUAUGGCUACAAAUAGCAAAUUACCGAUUAAAUGGAUGGCUCCUGAAUCGAUUAACUUUAGACGUUUUACAACAGCUUCUGAUGUUUGGAUGUUUGGUGUUUGUGUUUGGGAAAUAUUUAUGUUGGGUAAAAAACCAUUUCCAGGUGUCAGAAAUCCUGAUGUGAUUGGUUUAAUUGAAUGUGGUGAUCGAUUAUCAAAACCAUCUCGUUGUCCAGAACAAUUAUAUGAAUUAUUAUUAAAAUGUUGGCGUUAUGAGCCUGAUCGACGUCCAUCAUUUAGACUGAUCAAAAGAAAAAUAUAUGAUAUCUAUCAAAAUGAACUUGGUCUAAUUGGUGCUAUUGCUCGUGCCGAUAUUGUUAAUGAUUUAUCCGAUUCAAAAACAAGUCUUUCUUCCGCAUCCUCAGGUAAAGAACAUUCGUCGUCAUCGUCAUCUUCAUUCUCAAGAAUGCAUUUAUCCAACACUAAAAUCGUAAACAAUAAAGAAACCAAUUUGUCCUCAAGCGCUAGUCAAAGUUCUGUUCUUCAUCCGAACAAAAUAAAAGAAAUUCUAGAUGAACAACGAAAACAAAUGCAAGAAGACCAAAAAUGGUUACAACAACAUGAAUUCAAAUGGCAAUUGAAUCAAACUGAUGAUGUAUUUCCUCGAAGUCAUUUCGACAAAGAUGGUGGAUCUUCGUUGUCAACAUCGGAACAUAAUUCAACAACACCCAGCAUUUAUGAAGAUGCUCAUUCUGAUAAAACUGCUGAUCAAAUUCAGUCUCCACUCAUGCAGCGUUUGUCUGUUCAACAAGUAUACAGCGUACCAAAUCUUCAAUUGAAAACUCGUUUCGGUGAUGAAUCAUAUAAUUCAUAUAAAUCAACGAAAUCUUCUCUUGAACAUGAUGAUCAAUCAGAUGAUCCAUCCACCUCUUCCCUUGAUUCAUCGACUAACAACACUAUAGAAGAUUGUGGACUUUCAGUUUCUUUAAAAAAAUUCUUCAAACAUAACCAACUAACUAAUGCAAAAGUUAGAAACGAAAUGAUGAAAAAAGUUAAUUGCUUUAGUGCAGAUGUUGAUCGUAAAGAAGAUCCUGUUUAUUGGGGUACAAUAAACGUUGUCAAUUCUGUUCGAUAUUUACUAAAAGGUGUUCAAGAAUUGAAUACCACCGAAUACAUUGAUCUAGUCAAAAAUGUUGGACAAGAGCUUCGUAAUUUAUUGGCAAAUGUUGAUAUAUUUUUAGAAGCAAUUCCUGAUGAUGAACAUCGUCUUAUAACUUUGGCGCAAAAAAAACUCAGUACAGAUAUGAAUGAUUUAGUGGAAUCAAUGAAAAAAGCUAUUAUGUAUAGUGAAACGCCAAUGGAAGCCGCUUACAAACAAAACAUGUUGGAAGCUUCAUAUAUUCUUGUGAUUGAUUCAAAAAAUCUAAUGGAUACUGUCGAUGAAAUACGUUUGCGAAUAAAGACUGAUUGAAAAAAUAUGUGAUCUUAAUGUUGUCAUUUAAUUCGAAUAAAUGUUGUCUGGACAACGAAAAAACAAAACAUUCCCAUCUUCAGUUUGCCACAUCAUCUUUAAUCUUUCAUUACAAUUUCGUUUUUUUUUUGACAUUUCUUUAUGUAAUUGAUUUGCAAAAAAAUACAACGC